GAAGGGGGGGUGAGGCGGGUGUAUAUGUCAUUGCGCUGCGCUGUGCCUGGGCGGGUGCGUUCUCGGGAUGGCGGCUGAGGCCGAGGCAUGCGAGCAGAAGACGCAGCAGUAUAUACAUACAUAAAGCACCUUCGACCUUGAGAUUAGUCACCGCUCUCUUUCUCCGAGAGGACGAGAUCCCUCUUCUUCAGGACAGAAAAGCCCCAGUUCCCCUCGCAAGUUUCCCUCGCACGGCCGGCUGCUAUUUUAUAAAGACAGCGAGCACUUCGUUAGGUUGCUGGCAAAGGCCCUGGCUCUAGCCUGCUUCUCUGUAACCACGGUCUAACCUGUCUUCUCUCUCUCACCCUGCCGUCUCUCGCUCGCCUUGCCCUGCCUCAACCUCGCUCUUUGAGUCUCGCACUACCCUCGACAUAACCUAUUAUUCUGCUCGUCUUCGCCAUGCUUUCCCCUGAGGCUCCUCGGGGUCCCGCGCCCCCUAGCGAAACAUCACCCGAGGUGGUGCCCGACGAACAACCCGAGGGGCUAUUCUGCGCAUAUUGCGGGAGGAACUUUACGCGCAAGGAGCAUCUGGAGAGGCACCUACCUCACCAUACCAAGGUCAAGCCCUACCGGUGCGAGCACUGUCAGCUUUCGUUUUCUCGCAGAGACUUGCUACAUAGACAUCAUACAACCUACCACGAAGUCCGCGACCCUCGGGACUCCCGCCCCGGCGGUAUGGCCACCCCGAUGGGCCGGACGCCCAUCGCCUGCCUCAACUGCGCCCAAGCAAAGACCGGAUGUGACAAGAGAGUGCCUUGCGCGCGAUGUGCCGACAAGAAUCUCGAGUGCCACGCGCGGUAUGCGCGACGGUCCACGAAGGCCGCCGUGCGAGCUGCUCGAGCGAGCACCAGCACCGCCGCUAGGCCCCAGGAUCCAGGCCAGAGGCAGCUCUCGGUGCACGCACUCAACGCAACAUAUAUGAGCAUUAAUCCAUCCUCGCUUCAGGCCGACUCUAUCCUUACCGCUCCCUCUCCGCCCGACGACGGUAGUGUAGGCGCUCUCGGCGUAGGUAUAGAUCCCCGGAUGCAACCGCAUGUGAUGGCGCAACCCACCAACUCGCCGGCAGGCCCUCGCCUGAGCUCGGAUGGGUUCUCGCCUCCGCAUCCGUCCAUGCCGUCGGCGCUCGACGAUGUGGCAACCUUGAACCCCAGUUACUUGUCGCAAGGCCCGUAUCAGGAAAUAUUCCCCUGGCCGCAGCAUGACAGCUCCGCCUUCGAUAUAUACGCCGACCACAUGCCCUCUGCGCAACCUGACAUCCCCAUACAGACCUUCGCGGAAUCCAGCGAGACCCCCCCUUCCAACUCGGAACCCGGCAACUCUUCGAGAGGGUCGAUCCAUACCCGGAGCACGAGCAUACUUUCGAGCACAGGCGGAGACUAUGAUGCGACUACUAAAGCGGCCGAUCUGCCUGCACAUACGGUAAGUGACAAUGUCAUACCGGAAUACGAUGUCAUCAUCGCCUCCGACGAGGCUUGGCCCCUAGCCCGAUGCAACCCCCUCAUAUUCUCCGGCGCAUGUCCGAGAACGGCAAUCGUGCACUUAGAGUCCCUCGAGGCAAAGUCGAGGCACGAGGGCACCUGGCUUUCGCUGGAGCAGCACAUACAACAGGUCGACCGGAACGGCGCUGACCUGGCCUCGGUCGUGCCCCUGUCGGCGGAAACGCGAGAGAAGGUACUCGCGAUUACGCAGAGCUUCCUCCACAAAGCCCUCGAGAUUCACCGAGGCGGCGUGAACAGCCCGACCAAGACGUUCUCGAGCACCCGGACGCUCAGCUGCCUCGUCCUCCCGCCCACGACGAUAAUCGAGUACUUCCUGCGCAGCUACGUUCGGAGCCUCUCCUUCUUCUUCUCCCUGGUAUCGACCGGCCGCGUCGAUCCCAACGAGAUGCUGCAGGAAAACCAAUCGGCGGCGCUCCUCGUCCUGCUCAUGAUCGCGCAGGGCGCCUCCGCUGUCCCUACGUUAGAGGCGCGGUCUCUGUCGGCCGGCCUAAUAGAAACCUGCCGCAUCUCCCUGUUCGACACCAUCGAGAAGGACGUGGAGAUGUCUGCCGACCAGACGACCCUCCGAUGCGCCCUGCUCUUCACACUGCUCGGAGCGUGGAGCGGCGACAAGUGGCUGAUGGAUAUAGCUAUGGGACAGCGCGGGAUGUAUCUAUCGAUGCUGAAGCAUGCCGGGAUGCUCGAGCCUCGGCUAACCGCGAUGCCAUCUACGAGUGGCUCGACGAACGGAGAGCUGGAAUGGCGCUCGUGGCUGAAUUCUGAAUCUCAAAAUCGACUGGUGUACAACUGGGUACUAGUUGACCAGGAAUUGAGUCUGUUUCACGACACCACAACGAUCCUCUCUAUCGGCGACAUACUCACCCCGUUGCCGGCUCCUGACACGGUAUGGAUGUCGGAGAGUGCUGAACAGUGGGCUACCUCGAUGCAGGCAAUCUACGGCCAUACGGCCAGCCUCAGCCCUCAGCUCCUCGCCACCACGGCCGUCACACCAUCGUUAUACGACUUAUUCCAGGAGUUCCUCCACGGCCAUCUAACGACCCGUCAUGACCUGACGGGACAUCAACUACGACUGCUGCUCCACCCUCUGCAAUCGCUCCUCUGCCACCUCAGACAGAUGCUAUCCUGCUUUUCGGACGUGCCCGUCCCGGAGCCGACGAGCCGCACCGUCACCAAGAGCUCCACCAUGACACGGCUCGAGGAGGUGCAGCAGCUUCUGCAGAAAUGGUACGAGCUCACGAUAAACUACUACAGAACCCACCCGGCCUGCCCGGUGACGAAGACGAACCUGAUCCUGUACCACCUCAUCUCCCUCAACGCGGUGACGCAGUUCAGCGAGGUCGAGCGGCUCGCGCGCCGCGAGGGCCUCGCCGAGACGUUCUGGGACCUGUCGCUGUGGCACAAGCGGUGCAUCCUGCAGCAGACCGAGGCUGUCUUCCACUGCGGGCAGGUGUUCCGGCUGACGCGACUGACGCCGCGUGACGGCCGGCCGAGCUGGUGGAGCGCCGCCGUGUACCGGGCGGCGCUGAUCCUGUGGGCACACGGCGUGUCGUGGCUCAACCCGGGCCUGGCCGAGGGUGACGUGUCGCGCGGGCCCGUCGCCAUCGACCGGGUUACGCCCGAGGACCGCUCCGUGAUCGCGUACCUGUGGGAGGGACAGGGAGUGCCGCUGCUCACCCGCCGCGACGGCACCCACGUGGGCCUCAGCCAGUCCAGCGAGAUCCUCCAGUACGCCAUCCAGAUGAUCGAGGAAGGCAACGGAUCCCGCCUAGGAGACGGAAUCCGUCGCAAGCUUCUCUCGCUGCACGCGCGGUGGUACCCCGAUGGAAGCGCCGACGCUUCGUAGUUGAAGAUACGGGGUUUUCCCUCACGGAGAUUCACGACCCCCUACCGUGAUAGUAUUAUGAUAGGCACCUGUCGACAAGGCUAGACGGACAUCGUCGACGCCGCUGUCCGGGACACCCGACACACACCAUAGCCGUACCCCCCGCCAGCGCGUUUCCCUGACCGACAAUAAUAUGAGCUUACAAGCUAACUAACCCUCUCCCCUUUCCACGUGCCACUCCUUUACGGACCACCACGUCGCGUCGAGUCUCGCGGACGUGUGAUGGACUGGGCCCUGCGAAGUUGUCCCAUCAUAAACCGGGACCAUGCACCGACGCCGCGUCACAUACAGCGGCAGCGCGCACCUAAAGAAACGACAUCAUGCACCUAGCUACAGCGCUCCUGUAUACGUACGGGCUAUCUUGCCAAUGCCUCUUUAGGGGCUGGUCUUCUCUUGUGGCUUUCCUCGCAUCGCUUUAUUGUUACUACGGUCCUUUUUCAGCGGACAAAUACAGCGCUUCCACUAGUAAUAUAAAUAUUAUUAUUAUUACCUCGAUGUCGAAUCAUUACAAUGUAUGACUUUGUUAAAUAGUAUUCAAUUUUAAGAACCGCAUUUAAAGGCGGUCUAAAACCCCAACGAAUUCAAUCGUAGUUUUGAUGUUCAAU